AGGAAGGAAAGGAAGGAAAAGACAGUCCCCGUUCAGACGUUCUUGCUCUCGCUCUCGCUCUCUCGGCCUUCCUUUCGUGGCGGCGACGACUGGCGGCGAUUGGCGACGCCCUCUGCCGGAUCUUCGUCAGCUCCUUCGCCGGCGACUGACGCUGCCCUUUGCCAGGUCAUCGUCCGGCCUCCUUCGCCGGCGACUGGCGAUCACCAGGUUCUAGCUACAAAUAUUGGAAGAUCGUUAUUGGUAAUUUCCAGUUAUGUGCCCUGCUUUUAUUCAAGAUUCGUCAGGGUGAUGACAGAUGUGAACUCAUCAUUCAUCGGAGGUGCUCAGUUGCAGCCAAGUAGAAGCAUGAAUACUGAUUCAUUCAUGCGUGUUCCAGCGUCCCCAAUAUCAUUUUCAUCAAAUAACAUCUCUGGCUCCUCAGUCAUUGAUGGCUCCGUUGUGCAGCAAAGUCCACCCCAAGACCAGGUACAAAAGCGGAGAUCUUCAAGUGUAACAUCACAUCCCAUGAUUGAGGCUAGUGGUGCAUUGCAUGCUCCAAAGAAAUCAAGAAUUGAUGUUAGGCAAGAUGAACUGCAGCAACAGCUGAUUCAACAGCUGCUCCAUGGUCAGAGUUCCCUUCAUCUCCAGGGGCAACAGAACCCACAGCUUGAAGCUUUGAUCCAGCAGCAUAAACUAGCACAGUUGCAGCAGAGGCAGCAGCAGUUGUUGCAACCGUUUGCUCAGAUACAACCAUCUCAAAUUGGCAUUUCUCGUCAGCUUCAGCUUAGGCCACCGCUAGCACAGCCUGGAAUAGCUGGACCUAUUAGGACUCCUGUCGAUACUGGGCUUUGUUCCCGAAGGCUAAUGCAAUAUUUAUAUCACAAGCGUUAUCGUCCAGAGAAUAAUCCCAUAACAUAUUGGAGGAAGCUUGUUGAGGAAUAUUUUGCACCACGAGCAAGAGAAAGAUGGUGUGUGUCGUCUUACGAUAAGAGAGCGAACGCUUCAGUUUCUACUCCACAAUCAGCUCAGGUCACAUGGCGAUGUGACAUAUGCAAUACACAUGGUGGAAAAGGAUAUGAGGCUACCUAUGAAGUGCUUCCUAGACUCUGUCAAAUUAGAUUUGAUCAUGGUGUUAUAGAUGAAUACCUAUUCCUUGACAUGCCCAACGAAUUCCGGUUGCCUAAUGGACUAAUGCUGCUGGAGCAUACAAAAGUUGUUCAAAAGUGUGUUUAUGAACACCAACAUGUUACACAUGAGGGGCAUUUGAGAAUCAUAUUCACACCAGAAUUGAAGAUCAUGUCAUGGGAGUUCUGUUCACGACGACAUGAGGAGUAUAUCACUCGCCGGGUUCUGGCACCACAGGUCAAUAAUUUGUUACAGGUUGCCCAGAAAUACCAAGCGGCUGCCAGUGAAAGUGGUCCUGCUGGGGUUUCAAACAAUGAUGCACAAGCCAUUUGCAACAUGUUUGUGACUGCAUCACGGCAACUAGUGAAGAAUCUGGAGCAGCACACCUUGAAUGAACAUGGUCUUUCUAAACGAUAUGUUCGCUGCCUGCAGAUAUCAGAGGUGGUGAAUCACAUGAAGGACUUGAUUGAGUUCACCAACAAAAAUAAUCUUGGUCCUAUAGAGGGCCUGAAGAAUUAUCCAAAACCAAAUGUACCGAAGCUUCCAGGACAGAAUUUGCAUGAGGCAAAACAAAUAACGGCUGCUGCUGGUCUUCCCAAUGACCAGAACAACACCAAAGUUAUGGGUGUCAAACAAGAAAUAAGCGCUCAUGUGGACAACGGAACUUCUGUUGCUGGAGCCAUUGGUAAUAGUACUCCACAGAAUGCUGCAACACUAAACAGUUACCAGAGUUUACUCAGAAGCUCCAGUGCAAAUCAGAGUCUUCUUCAGCAGGAGGCAUCCAGUGUCUUCAAAGGUCCUGCUGCAAUGCACAAUGGCAUCCAACUGGAAGCAUCUAGAUCCUUCCGUGGACCUAACCAAGUGCAGCUAGCACAAUUCCAACAUUCUGGGUCAUUCCAGCACCCAAUGCCUCAGCACAACAAUCUCCAGAUCUUGGGAGUGCAAAAUAAUCACCAGGGCUUGGGUGCGAGCCCACAGUAUCAGCAGCAUGUUUUAAAUCAGCUGCUUCAAGAAGUUAAGAACACUAACGGCCGCACAUUGCCACAGCAACCACCUCCAGAUACCCCUAAUGCAAACAGUGGUAUCACAUCAGGAGGUGCUAACACCAACAGUGCUGCUACCGGAGAGCAGGCACAGCGCAUCAAUAGCAGCGCCGAAAAGGGUGCAGCUACGGUCGGUACCGGGCCUAGUAAUGUGAUCAACAACAGCACAGCCAGCAUUGUCCCCAGCAGAAGUAACAGUUUCAAGUCAGUAAGCAGCAAUCCAGCUGCUGCUGCCGCCGCCUCCGCUGCUGGAGGCAAUGCCGCGACUUCGAAGGCUGAGCCCUUCCACGAAUUUGAUGACUUCGAGCAACUCCUCACUAAUGAAUUGGUGGGAAACGAGUUCUUAUGGGACAAUUGACAGAGUACAAAGACACCGUACUGCUCAGACUUCAGUGUAAGCGUUGAGAAACAGCCUUCUUGGCUGCUAGUAUGGAAACUAGCGUGUGGCGAUGGAAAGUUGCCCAGGAUUCUAGUUUCUGUUUCAUUUCUCUUUUCGUAGGCUUUGUAUUGUAUUGCCCUUCGGGACAGUUAACUGAUGUAACAUGAGAUGUGUGAGAUAGGAGUUGCAUUUGGCUUGUAAAUGUGGGAGCAGUAACCGAGUUACUAGAACAUAUAUAUUUGCUGCGGGCCGCCUCUGUUUUGUCAAAUUAUCUCAGAUUCAUGUUGCGACUA